AGGCGCCGGUCCCGCCGGUGCCGCGAUGCCUCGGGGCAUUGUGGGGGCUGUAGGCGCGGCGGGCGCAGGGCCUGGAGGAGCGGAGUGGGCUCCAUGAGGCGCUGUAAAUCCUGGAUCGUCCAUCCCCAGGGCUGGGCGCCGAGGAGCUGUCUGCUGCUUCCCAGCCACGCUGAGGCUGCUCUGCCAGAAGAGAGAUGGGGAAAAGAUACUUCUGUGACUACUGUGACAGGUCCUUCCAGGACAACCUGCACAACAGGAAGAAGCAUCUCAAUGGGGUGCAGCAUCUCCGGGCUAAGAGAGCCUGGUACGACUUAUUCCGAGAUGCUGCUGCUAUCCUGCAAGAGGAGCAAACCAAGAAGCCUUGUCGGAAGUUUCUGCAAACAGGACAGUGUGACUUUGGGUCCAACUGCAGAUUUUCCCACAUGACAGAGCAGGACCUGGAGAAGCUGAGUGCCCAGGUUCAAGGGGAGCAGAGAUCGAAGGAGCUGCGGCAGGAGGGAGCAGAUGUCCCGCCUGGCACCAUUGAGGACUGGCUGGAGAAGAGAGCAAAGAGGCUGAGCGCGGCUCAGAGCAACAGUGUGCCUCGUCCUGCUCCCCACCACAGUGCUGCUGCAGGGCUCCUCCUGACCGAGAGGGGCUAGGCAUGUGUCCUGGGGCUCCUCUCUCCUCCUCAGCCCGGAAAACUCCCCAUCAAGGGGAUAAGGAUUACAACAAAUGUCUUGGCUCUGUGUUAGCUGCCUAGAAAACACUGCACUCAACUUGUGUAGCUGGCUCCUAGCCACAUCACCGGCCCUGCAGGGAGAGGAGGGUGCUGCUGCUCCAGAGCAUUAUGUAAAGGAGAUUCAAGAGGUUUCUCCUGGCAUAACAAUUAAAAAGAUCCAUCAGGAUCAGAGGUAGAGGCCUGAGAAGCUGGAAGGCCUCUGUCAGGGCUUGUCCCAAGGAGCAAAUGA